AUGGAGGUCUUCUCGUGCAUUGUUAGUAAGGCUUGCGAGUUGGGGGAGCUGAAGGAUCUUAGAGCUUUCGAUGGGGGCCCUGCUAUUUCGCACUUGUUAUACGCAGAUGAUGCUUUGAUAUUGGGGGAAUGGUCGAGGGGGAAUAUUGAGAAUACAGCAAGGUUACUUAGAGUUUUUUAUAUUUGCUCGGGGUUAAAAAUAAAGUUAAAGAAAUCUUCGUUGUUUGGUAUUGGUGAUGUCGGCGAAGAGGUGGCUAUUAUGGCGAGAACUUUGGGUUGUCGGGUUGGGGAGUUCCCAUUUGACUAUUUGGGGAUUAAAGUGGGUGCGAAGACGAAUAAGAGCUGCCAUUGGGAUUCGGUUAUCGACACAAUCAAAAGACGGUUAGCUUCUUGGAAGGCGAAUUCUUUAUCUAUGGGUGGAAGGCUAACUUUAAUUAAAUCGGUGUUGGCCAGUUUACCGGUGUAUUAUUUGUCUUUAUACAAGGCCCCUAAUAAAGCGACGGAUCAGAUGGAAAAGUUGAUGAGGAAUUUUCUGUGGGCAGGGUCGAGUGAAGAUAAAAAAUUAAGCUGGGUUGCGUGGGAUACAGUGACAAAAUCUAAGGAAAAUGGUGGCUUGGGAGUUUCGAGAUUAAAAGAUGUUAAUUUUGCUAUUUUGGCCAAAUGGGCUUGGAGAUUUCAAAUUCAAAAAGAUAGUGUAUGGCGAAAAGUGGUGGAGAUGGUGCACGGGGGAAGGGGUAGAUGGGAUUUCCUGCCGCUGAAUUGUCGUUUUAACGGUUGCUGGAAUUCUAUUGUUAAGGUGUUAGCUAGGCGGUCUUUUAAGGGGAAAAGUUCCAAAGAUAUUUGGUAUUGGGGCGAGGAAGUCAAUGAUGUUUUCUCGGUGGCUGCGGUGAAGCUAUUGAUUCAAGACGAAGUAGAGAUCAGCCGUGAGCAACUUAUGCGUUGGGAAUCUUGGAUUCCGAUCAAAAUAAAUAUAUUUAUUUGGAGAGCUGAGAUGGAUCGUAUUCCUACUAAAGCGACUCUUAUUAGAAGGCGGAUAGACAUUCAAGAUGGUUCGUGUUAUUUAUGCGACUUUGGGGAUGAGGAUGUCAUGCACUUAUUUAUAGGAUGCGGGUUUUCGUUUGGAGUUUGGUCCGCAGUGGGGCGAUGGUGCAAUAUUAUGCCUUUAAUGGCUUUUGAAUUUAAGGAUGUGCUGGGCUAUCACGAGCAAGUUUCAGGAGGUAAGUGGGCUAAAAAAGUGGUUAGAGGGGUGGUUAUGAUUACCUGCUGGGCGACAUGGAAAGCUCGAAACGACAAAGUUUUCCGGGGGUCUAACCCGAGGGUUGUAGACGUGGUCGCUUGGAUUAAGUCAUGGUCUUUUUUGUGGUUAAAAGGUAGGUCUAAGUUUUCUGAUAUUGUUUGGAACGAAGGGGUUCUUAACCCAAUGUAUAUGUUGUAA